UUUAUUUUGACUUUCUUAUUUAGAUUGUGCUAUGUAUAUGGAUUCGGAAAUUAUAAGAUUAUUUGAUUUUUGGUGAAAAAUCUAAGUAUUUACCAUUUGUUUUUUAUCUGUACGUUCUAUCAUAGUUCAAUAACCAUGGCUAACGCGGACGUAGAACUGUCUAAAAUGAUUCGAGCCUUUAGGGUAAGCGACUUACAGUCGCUACUCAGUUAUGCUGGACGUAAUAAAGGCGGAAAGAAAUAUGAUCUUCAGAAUCGUGCGCUCGAUUUGUUAAAGCUGCGUUCAUCUGCAAUUGAAAUGAAAAUAAGAGAAAUAUACCACAACAGGCAUAACCAAGCUCGGAGUCAUGGUGAACCUCACGAUAUGUAUACAAUGCCUCCUUCUUUGAACGAUGCUGUCAUGAGCUACAGUAGUCGUUCUUCUCAUCAGGGACCUCUCGGUGGACCUGGAAUGUCAAGUUAUGUUCCAAGUAUGGGGAAACAUUUAUUAGGUGCCCCAUCUCAUCUGAAUAUUUUACCUCAAUAUCCUGUGAAUCCUGAUGUCCAUUUCAAAGAACUUCCAUUUUAUGAAGUACUAGCAGAACUGUUGAAACCUACUAGCCUAAUUACGUUACCAAAUGAACGUUUUCAGGAGAGGGAGUUCGGGUUUUGCUUUACUCCUCAGCAAUUACUUGAAUUUCAGCACAAUAUGGAUGUUCAAGUGCAAUUGAGAAUUUGUUUACUUGACCCAAGUUGUGAACAAGAUGAUGAAAUUCCUUCAAGCAUAUGCUUGAAGAUUAAUCAAAAAGUUUGUAAUCUGCCAAACCCUAUUCCAACAAACAAGCCUGGAGCCGAACCAAAGCGACCAAAGUAUCCUAUUGACAUUACUAAUGUUACAAAGAGAACAGCAACUGAACCAAAUGAAGUACAUAUUUCAUGGGCAUCAAGCAGUGGAAAACCCUAUGUAUUAGGUGUAUUUUUAGUGAGGAAACAAACUUCUUCUCAUUUAAUGAGAAAGCUGAAAGGAAAUGGUGUCAGAAAUCCUGACCACACGACAGCCAUGAUAAAAGAAAAACUCUUACAAGAUCGCGACUCUGAAAUUGCAACAAUGAGUUUAAGAGGCUCUCUAAUGUGCCCUCUUGGAAAAAUAAAAAUGAAAUUACCAUGUCGUGCAUUGACAUGUACACAUCUGCAGUGUUUUGAUGCCACUUUAUAUCUGCAAAUGAAUGAGAAGAAGCCUAAAUGGAUCUGUCCUGUAUGUGAUAAACCAGCUCUCUAUAAGAAUCUAGCUAUUGAUGGCUUAUUUUUAGAUAUUGUCUCAAAAGCUCCAUCAGAGUGCACAGAAGUUCAAUUUCAUGAAGAUGGAUCAUGGACACCUGUCAUGCCUAUUAAAAAGCAGCCAGAAAUUAAUGAUGCCUCUUUUGAGGCACCACCAAAAGAUAUUCCAAAAGUCGAAUCUUCUAAACCUAAACGACCUAUUGAAGUCAUUAGUUUGGAUUCUGACAGUGAUACUGAGGAUUCAUGGCCAAUACUACCACCAAAGAAAAAAAUGAUCAAGACAUCUAAUGAAAUGUCGCCUGUGCUUUUGGAGUCGCCCGAGGAGAGUCAAAAUUCUGAAGAUGCAGCUGUUACGUCAUUUGAUCCUUAUGCUCCUUGCUCAUCCAAAACAGAAUCGUGUUCAAAAUUACUGCCCAUUAUACCAGAUAAGUCUUCACUUCCUCCUUUGCCGGAAGCUCUUGAUAUUGAUACUUCAGAUGUUGACUGUCUUGUAGGAUCUAACCCAUCAAUUUUAACAGGACCAAGUUCUUCAAAUUAUGAAAGUCUUUCACCUGUUUCAUCACCUAAAUCAUUUUGCCAACCAUCUGUUAGUAAACUAUCGGAAACUUCAGACAUUUUGCAAGCUCCUGAAGAAGAAGAAGGAUCUCCAGACAUCAUAAAUAUUGAUUGAAUAUCUAUCACAGGUUGUUGAAGUUCCAUAAUAAAAUAUUUUGUUACUUAUUUGUAUCACUUCUGGCUUAUCAUACAUGUUUUAUAUGUUACUGAUUUUGCUUAUCUAAAUUAAUUGGUAUGUAAGUAUUUUUUUUUCCUGAUAACAUUUUGAAGUUCUUUCAUUUAUUGAUAUGUUUAAUAUUUAUUUGCUGAAUAACUAUUCUGUAAAUAUUGCAUAUCAGUAUGUAAAUAUGUUUUCUCUGUGUAAUUCUGUUGUUUAUUUCUUACAUAGAUUCAUAGUUAUGUCAAUUUUUAGGAGUAUAUUCAUACUUCCAUCAUUCCAUUAUUUUCAAUCUCAAUAUUAUCAAAAGGUAGUUUCCAUUGCAUACACAAUGUCUAAACUUUACAAAUUAAUACUAUUUCUUAAAUUUCAAAUAUAUAUUAGUACUUAUAUUUUUUGUGUGAGCUGUGAUUAUUUUUUUUCCAUAGAUUGCUUUUUUUUUUUAAUUUCUGAGCUUUUGAUUAUUUUUUUUAUAUUUGUUCUCUAUUAAUAAGUGAAUGAUCAAUAAAAUUCAAAGUAAAUCACAUUAAACAAUCAUAUGAUUAUGCGUAUCUUGUCAUCACAGCUAGAUUACUAAAUAGGAAAUCAACUGUCUAGAAUCCCUACAGCUGUGAGUGGAAGUAAGGAAAGCUUUAGCUUCUUUUUUUUUUUUUUUUUGCCAGUAUUUCCAGAAUAAUUUAAUGAAACUGACAUUGUGGAUUCAAACUUAUUCAAAUUAAAAUCUAGUAUGAAUUUUGGAGCAAUCUUAUCGCAACAUUACUAAUUAUUUAAUUUUUACUAAUUUUAUAAUUUGUUUUGUUAUUCUAAAAGAAUAUUUUAUGUUGUCAUUUAAAAGAAAGAUAUCUGUUUCUGUUAUAAAAUAAUAAUAAAAUCGGUUAAAAAAAGUGUGAAAUUGGGUUAAAAUAAUAUCCAAGUUGGAAAAUUUGGAGGCCUGAAAUUUUCUUUACCGAAGGGUCAUAGAAAGCUUAAUCUAGUCCAACAUGUAAUUCAUAUAUAAUAAACUUUUUAAGAUAUUUUAAUAAAUUAUUAAUAUUUGCUAUUUUAUCUUGUUUGAAUUGGAUGAAAAAAAUGAUUUAUUAGUAGUGUAUACCUUAAUGGUAUAAUGAUGAAUAAGAUUCUAUUUGUUUCAUUAUGUUAUAUGCAAUUUUUAUUUUUAUAAUUUUUUUCUCACUUUUUCUUAUUAAUAUGACAGCAGUUAUAGCCAAACACAAUAGCAUAUAUUUUAACAGUAGUGCUGAUGGUCAAGUUCGCUUUAGAUACUGCUUUAGGUUCAAAUAUCAUGUAGAAUACUUAUUUUUAUCAUUAAAUAAACUUUUUCUGACAUUUCCUCAUUAACAUAACUAAUUUAUGUCAAGCAUGAAGAUUAGUACAUAAUAAUCCUUUUGAAAGCUGCAGUGAUCUUAUGUUUUGUUAGAUUUUGCUUGGUACUAAAUGAUAAAUUUUGGCAUAUAUUUUAACUGCUGUCAUUUUAACGGAAAAUUGUCUAUGUUUUUGUCUUUUAGGAGUGAUUUUUCUUAUCUGAUUAACUGCAGUAAAAUGUGAAAUGAAUAUUCCUUAAUUUGUCUCUUAACUUUAAUAUUUAAGGCAGACAGACAGUAUUCCAUCUUAUUUUCAAAAUGGAAUUUUUUUUAAAAAUUGAAGAUAAUUUUGAAUUUUAGAUAUGAAAGUAAGUACACUUUUCAUCCUUUCAUUCUUUGAGGUAUAAUUUAUAACAAGAACAUCUAUCAUAUUUUAAAAAACAAAGAAACAGGUAUUUUAUAUUUUCAGGCAUUUAUGUUUUCAUUUGAUGUACCUUAUGUUAUGAAUUGAAUUAGGGUUUAUUAUGUAACUUUUGUUUAAUUUUUUAAAUGAACAAAAGAUGUGUAUGUGUGCAGAAUUAUUUGCAUUUAUUUAACCUUCCAUAUGAUGCUUAUUGAUGUUGUAUUUCCUUUCUUAGCAGCAGUUUCUUAGUAGAGUAGAAAAUUGAUGCAUUAAUGUAAUCAUUGAUCAAUACUGGACUUGAACAGCAUUGGUAAUCUCUGCUACAAGCUUGUCAAAAUAUAUUGAUUACUCUUGAUAUUGUGAUGAACUAUACAUCUUCUAUGACUUAAAGAGAUAAAAGAUUCUGUAAUAGGAAUGCUUUGGUUCGUGUUCGGUUCUCCAGGCCUGUUUGUUACACAGUUGGCACUUUUGAGAUAAGGACUCAAUUUUACUGAAGAUAGUGGAAUUUCAUAUUCCACAGUUUCAAAAGGGUGUGAUUGGUUGUGAUUUUUACAUAUGUGGAUUAUAACUAUUUUCAUGACCCUUGUCUGAUGUCACUUGUUGUCAUAUAAAUGAAAUGACUGAUUUUAUGAUAUUUUGUUUCAAAAUCGGUUGAAUGAGCUCUGCAGUAUUCUGUCAUUCCUGGAAGAAUCAUAUUAUUUGUUUGACAAAUCAUUUUUAAAUACACAUUGCAUAUAUGGAUAUAUAUGUAAGCAUACAAAUAUGUAUAUAAGUACAUAUACAGGCUUUGUAUUUUCGUUCCAUGCCCUCUCAACUUUGCAGUAGUGUAUCUUUGCAUCUCUAAAUUUUUACAAUCGAAAAAUCCUCCAACUUGCAGCGAUGGCUAAUGUUGGUAUUUCCUUUUCUUCUGCGAAAAAACAAAGCCUGUUAUGUAUGGUUUAACUAAUGUUUAAUAAGUGUAAUUUGUACACCUCAAUUAUAACAAUGAUAAUAGUUUCAAACAUAGUAUUGGCACACAGUGUUAUUUUCUGCUUGCACAUAAACUAUUUUAAUACAUGCAAGCAUAUAAAGUGCAAUAACUUUAAAUCGAAUUUCAUAAAACUAACCAACUGAUUUUCGGUACUAGUUCUAAAAUGUGGUAAUUACUAAUCAAUGAACAUGUUUCCAGGUGUGACAGAAUAAUCUGCAGCCAAAAUGAGUACAGCACAGUGCUUAAUUCUCUUUUUCAGCUCUGACUGUCAUGAAUUCAUAUUGAGUGUUAGCUAUUCGCUGAAAUGGAGGAGCAUCGAAGGUAAAUUUAAAAUAAUUGCAAGAACACACUACUGCACAGUUGAAAGGCAUGGACUUUCAUUAAUAAUGUAAUAUUGUAUAUGAUAUGCAAUCAAUGUAAUCAGUGUUUUCUUUGUAUUGCUCUGCUUUGUGUUUGUGUAAUGUUUUUGCUGUGCAAAUAAAUGUGAAUUAUAUUUCUUUUUGAAAUAUAUUAAUUUAAUAAAAUGUUGUCAACUUUUCAACGUAUUGCCAUUAUCUUUAAAUAUAUAUAUAUAUAUAUAUUCCUUUUAUAACUUCACAGCGUUAUAUACCAUUCUGAAUGAUAUGAACAGAAUAUUAAAGUGUGCUUUUUAUUGUGUUUAGAAUAUUUGGAAAACGGAUAAAUGUUAAAAAUUGAAGUAUCUUUAAUUGUACUUUCUAAUGUCACAAAGAAAAACUUUAAUGAAAAUUGACUGAUUUCUUUUCCUUUGAAUGUAAAAUAAUAAUAAUAAUAAUCAGAAAUCUGUUCUAAUGUGGGAAUAUUAAUGAUAUAAUAUCAUGUUUUAGUUAUAAUUAAAAAUAAUAGUUUUUUUAAUUCUUUAUUUACAGCUAUUUUCUCAAAACCAUUUGACAUUUCUAAUACAUGUGCAAUAUCUUAUUUUAUACAUCAUUAGCAGCAAGUUUUUCUCCUUUAAAAUUUUUUCAUCACAAAUAUAAAAAUUUCUGAAGCAUUAAAAAAAUAAUCAUGACUUCAUCUUUUAUGUUGAUCAUCCUUAUAAUUUAUAACAGUGUAUAUUCUUUCUUGCGUCUUAUUGACAAAGAUUGAAAUAUAAUGUUUUUUUUUUGUUUUUUUUUCAUUUUGUUACAGACUGCAGAAAAAUUAACUGUGAAAUUCUAAAUAGAUUUUAUUUUUUAUGUACAUCUUAUUCAACUUUUCAGAUGUUAGCAUUGAAAACUAUUCCCAAAUAUAGGAGGAUUACUGUAAGAAGACCAGUAUCAUAUUGGAUGUGUGAUUUUGUAUUUUAAAUUAUGUAUGUAAUUGCUAUAUAUUUUAAAUAUGCAUUUUGUUCCAGAUAGAUAGUUGUAAUUUAUUAAAUAUAGUUCCUUUUGUUCAAGUGCAUUUGCAAUGUUUGUAACUUCACAAUUGUGUUGCUUAUGCAGAUGUAAGUUUUACAAAUUCUUCAAUAAAGUACUUGUCCAUA